AUGAAAAAAUGGCAGAUCCUGGAGUUCGACGGGAAGCCGUACUACGCGUUUGUACCUGAAGACGACACGCCACUAGCUGACGAAGAUAUUCCUGAACAGAUAGACGAGAUAGGACACGAGGAUGAGAAACAGGACCUCGUCAAAGUCGAAUGUCUUUACAACGAAGAUGAACUACAGUACGAUUCGACGGACGAAAAAUUAUACGAGGAUGAAGAUCUUUUAAACAGGAGUGCAGAGCAGAAGGAAGAAGAAGAUGUGAAACCGAUAAUUCUAAAUGGCACGAUUGAUGAAGAGAACGAUAAAACGAUUGGAGAUAUUUAUCAGGUCAAAGUUCAAGGUAGUAUGGUCACUAUAGAGAAGCUGACAUCCGGUGACAUUGAAGAGGCGAAGGAAGUGGUGGAGUAUCAAGAAGUGGAACACGAGGAGCAAGAGGAGCAAGAGAUGCAAGAAGUCUAUAACGAUCAAGAGCAGUUGGAACAGAUAGAUCAAGUAGAUCCGGAUGAUCCAGAUCAGAUAGAACAAGUGGAAUACUUGGAGGAAGAGAUCUUGGAGUUGCCAAAUAAUCAUGUGACACCAGUGAAGAUGCGUAGGAAAAUUUCCAGAAGUCCGAGCAGUGCACUGAAAUGCAAACUUUGCUCGGAGAUGUUCAGCUCGGCCAUUUCGUUCAGGAAACACGUGGCAUGGACGCACAAGAAGAAGGUGUGCAUACAGGAAGAUGGCGCGUAUAUCUGCGCGGUUUGCGAUUACAGGACGCUUAAGAAGAGUCUUUUCGCGGCUCACUUGGAAAGGAAGCACGAAACUUGGUCUAGAAAACGACCCAAUAGCAUGUUAUUCCCUUGCGCUGCCUGUGGCUUCGUGUGCAGAUCGAAGCACUCGUUGCAAUCGCACUUUAUUAGAAAACACACCGAUCGGUACGAGCAUCAGUGCAAGUUUUGUCCAAAGAAGUUCAAAGUGAAAGGCGAUCUGACCAACCACAUACGGUUCCACCAUAAAGAAAAACCGAUUAACUGUCCCGUGUGUGGAAAACUAUGUCAGAAUACUGGCUCUCUUUACGUACACCAAAAAUGGGCACAUUUUAAACCUAAGUACGAGUGUCAUAUAUGCAAACGACGCAUGGUCACACAGGAAAAUCUCGACCAACAUCUGCUAACGCAGCACGAGAAAAGGGAGAAGAUAGUAUGCGCCGAAUGCGGAAAAACGUUCACCAAAAAAGAUUCUUUUAAAAGGCACAUGGCAGUGCACACAGGAUGCAAGCCACAUUCCUGUCUAAUCUGUAAUAAACCAUUCGCGAGGAGAUCUCAGCUACGCCAACAUUUGCUCAUUCACACUGGGAAGAGGCCUUUUGUCUGCGACAUUUGCGGGAAAGCGUUCACGCAGAAGCCUGGUCUGAUCUGUCAUAGGAAAACUCAUCCUGGACCUCAUCCUCCUUUACCUGUGAUGCCAAUUGCGGAUAUCGUGAAAGAGUUCACCGAAGGUUACGUACAGGAGAUAAACGCACGUGAAAACGAGGAGAGGAUUGAGGAGGAAGCGUAG